GGCUUCCAGUCCUCCACUCCCCAACCCAUCCGAAACCAUGACUCCCCCCCUAAUCCACCUCAUCCGCCACGGCGAAAGCCUCCACAACAUCCACCCAAACCACCCGCACCCCGACCCCCCCCUAACAAAGCGCGGUCACCACACAACAAAGCACACCACCCUCCCCACGCCCCCCGACCUAAUCCUCAUCUCGCCCUUAACCCGCACCCUCCAAACCGCCGUCAACAUGUUCCCCUCCCUCCUCACCACCCCACCCCAAAUCCCCGUCCAAAUAUGGCCCUCCCUCUGCGAAACACACAACACCAGCCCCUGCAACACGGGCUCCCCGCGCGCCGCCCUCCAAACCGCAUUCCCCUCCCUCGACUUCUCCACAUGCCCGGAAACAUGGGACUUCCCGCCACACACGCACGCCGAUGCUACGGCGCGCGCGGAGAGAGUGCGCGCGGAGUUGCUAAGGCUUUCGCAGACUUAUCAUAGUAUUGCGGUUGUUACGCAUAGGGGGUUUAAGGAGUAUUUGGUUAAGGGGAGGAGGUUUGGGUUGGGGGAGGUGAGGUCGUAUCGGUUUGCGACGCUGGAGGAGGGGCGGGAGGAGGGGGUUAGGUGGGGGGUGGAUGGGGAGACGGGGGCGGUGAGGGAUUUUGGGCCGACGGUUUUGGUGUUGUGGGGGUAG